AUGAAGCCCUGGGCCACCCUCUUCAUCUUCUUUUCGGUUAUUUCCGGCGUGCUCGCCGCGAAGCCGUCCGACACAUUCGAGAAAUUCCAAUCCCUCUCCCGUUCCGGGCCCGUCGAUCUGGACAGUGCCUCGUUCAAAGAGCUGACGACCGUGCCCCGAGAUUACUAUGCGGCCGUCAUUCUGACUGCGAUUGAUGCUCGCUAUGGCUGCAUCAUGUGUCGAGAAUUCGAUUCCGAAUGGGAUCUCAUCUCCCGGAGCUGGAACAAAGGCACCAAGCUCGAAGGGUUGAAGGUCGUUUUCGGCACGCUGGACUUCGAUCAUGGCAAGGAUGUUUUCCAGAAGCUCCUGCUUCAGACUGCCCCCGUUCUUCUCCUUUUCCCCCCCACCGUGGGACCCUUCGCCAAGGUGGAUGCAGAGCCCGCGAGGUUUGAUUUCACAGGUCCAGUUACCGCUGAUCAGAUCUACUCAUGGAUCGGUCGUCACCUCCCGGACGGACCUAGACCUCCGUUGAUUCGACCGGUCAACUAUAUGCGCAUUGCCUCUGCAAUCACCCUUCUGAUGGGUGCUGCCACCCUAUUCACGGUCCUGUCGCCCUACGUAUUGCCAAUCAUCCAGAAUCGAAACCUCUGGGCUGCGGUCAGCCUGAUUGCCAUUCUCCUCUUUACUAGUGGUCAGAUGUUCAACCAUAUUCGAAAGGUACCCUAUGUUGCAGGUGAUGGCCACGGUGGCAUCAGCUACUUUGCUGGCGGGUUCCAAAAUCAAUUCGGCUUGGAGACGCAGAUUGUCGCUGCCAUUUAUGCUGUCCUAUCAUUUGCCACAAUCGCACUUGCAGUAAAGGUUCCCCGCAUGGAGGACGUGAAGGGACAGCAAUUGGCGGUGAUUACUUGGGGAGCCGUUCUCUUUGCCACGUACAGCUUCCUUCUCAGUGUUUUCAAGACCAAGAACGGUGGCUACCCUUUCUAUCUUCCUCCGUUCUAG